AUGGUUUCUCUGCUCCUCCAGGUGGUGUGUUGGAAGUGUUCAGACAACAAAGUGGCUUUACAGUAUGAUGGUAAUAAGCUGAACAAAGUGUGUAAAGCCUGCUACUCCAUCCUGACUGCACAAAGAGUGGAGAGGGUGGACAGCAAGAAGAAAAGAGUACUGGAGUUGGAGCCAUCUCCAGUUUGCAGUGAAAGUGAAAUGAGUGGCUUCCUGCAGUAUGGUGACAACCCCAAGACUCGGCAACGAGUGUGGUCUGUUAUUACUGGGACCGAGCCUCCAGUCCUUUACCUGUACGCUGCUGCACAGGAUGUGAAGCCCCUUUCCAGUAUACCUCUACUGGGCUGCAGUGUGGAGGAUUCCCCUCAGGAGCUCCAGGGUCAGUCCUGUUUCUGUCUAAGCCAAUCCAAAACCACCCACUUGUUCUCCUGCGAGGGGGCUGACCUUAAACAGCGUUGGCUGGCUGUUCUAAAAGCUGCUGGGACAGGCAACAUGCCAGCAUGUAUACUGGCUGACCCUGAAAACAGCAUCAAUGAAUCCAGAUGUGGCAUUAAUGGUAAUGUCAAUGAUACAAGCGUCUGUAGCGGCACGGAAUUAGUAGUCAAUGGCAACAAGGAAAACCACACCUAA